GCAGAAACCUGCUGCUCUCCUUCGCUAACAGCCGAAUCAAACACACUGUCUGAGGGCUCGUUACUAACAAGGUCUUUGCUAACAGGUAAACUGACAUUCGACAGUAAACAAUCAGAUGCAGGAUCAGACAACUUGCCAGUGUCUUCUACUGUCUCCUGACAGAGAAGACCUGAGCGUUCUAGGCCCUGCACAAUCCAUUCAACUUUCCUGUCUAACGAGACAAUCAGAGACAACAAACUUUCCAAAGAAACAGGACUGCUCUUUACUGGCGUGUAACGCUCAGUCCUGGGCCUACAACAGUCAUUACAACGGUAGAGUAAACUCUCGCUACUGGACAGAAGAGCGUACUGUCUACGAUCCAAGCCAGUACAGGCCUUAUGGAACCAACGGCUACAGAUAUCGCACUGCAUGCCCCCGGACGAAUCUGUAACCGCUUCUAGACAACCCACUUUACCACACAUGACCACAGAGUCGUCAGAAGGCGGACACGGCGAGUUUAAGCAGCGCUUGACAACCAUCGUGACGGAGAGGGUUCAGAGAAAGAAUUGAAUGUAAUAGAUAAGAAGCAAAGAUGUGAACCGGAUUACGGUGACAACUUAUGCAAGCGACGAGAGCACCAAUCGGAACGACCAAGUGUGACACGAGUGUAUUGGAAUGAACUCACCAAGUCACAAAGCCGAAGUGGACUCCAGGGAUAUAACAACAGGACCUUUGCGAGGGAGCAGAGGCUGACACACGGAUAACUGAAGAU